AUGGAAGCGGCGGUGACCACGCAGCACGCGCAUCCUAACACUGUGUUACUCUGCUUGUAUGGCUACUACAACUUAGGCUACCCACGCAAGGAGCUAGAUCGCAUAUACCACAAAGAUCUCAAAACAAUCGACAAUUGGAUGCAUGCGUACGAACUCACAGGGACGUUCCAACGAGCAAGCAGGAGCGAAGGGAGGAGUCACCACUCGGAGAAGAAGACCGGAGCGAAGACCACUUGA